AGCAGUUCAGUUUGGUGGUUUGAUGGUUCGUAAUCAUCCAUCUUCCUCUUGAUUAUAUUCCAGAGGUUUGGUAAAACCAAAGAAACUCGUCAUUUUUAAGAGCUGUAUAUGAACCUAUUGGCCAGUGUAGAGCUACAGGAUCUACAGGCCCAGCUGUAGCAACAUCUGUGGGUAAAUGUGCUGCAGGAUCCAUAAAGAACCUGUAGAACCUCCAAACCCAACCGUCUCAAUCUCAUCUUAUAUCCAGCAUAGAGGAACCAACAGGGAACUAGAUAGAUCAGUGCCUUUUAUCAUUUCAAGUGUUUUAAACAGUUUUACCAAUUCAUUUUAUACUUUUAUUUGAUUAUAUCAUCAUUACAUUCAACUACAUACAACUCUCAUCUUCUUACUGGUGAGUUUUUUUAUUUUUAUCCAAGAAAAUCGAGAGAUUGAUAAAUCUGUAACUGUCUACUGGUUGCUAUGUUUCUCUCUCUCUCUCUCUCUCUCUCUCUCUCUCUCUCAGUACAGCUCUGUUGCGUGUGAGUAAUUCUGCUCAUUGUCGCUCAGAUCUAACCAACUAACGUCACACACCUGCACUGAUACACACACACUCUCUAUCACACACACUCUAUCACACACUCCACAUUCAGCCAAACCAUCCGAACAAACCAGUAUUGUAUUAACACCACUGUCAGCUCGGCUAACGUCUCUACUCAUCGAGCUUUCUGGGUUGUGAUGGCAACAUCUGCCAGGUGUGAAUCCCAGUGAAAGCAGUGAGGAUGAACGGCGCUCAGGUCGUCCACACAGACAGCAACUCUCUUCUCAAAGCUGUUUACCUGAGCCGCCUCCGCCUGACACGCCUUCUCCUCGAGGGUGGGGCCUACAUAAACGAGAGCAAUGAGCGCGGGGAGACUCCCCUCAUGAUCGCCUGCAAGAGCCGACAAACGGACCAUCAGGGGGUUCCGAAGGUGAAGAUGGUGGGAUAUCUGCUGGAGAGCGGCGCCGACCCAAACAUCCAGGACAAGAGUGGGAAGACGGCGCUGAUGCACGCCUGCCUGGAGCAGGCUGGACCCGAGGUGGCGUCCUUGCUCUUGGCGAGUGGAGCAGAUCCCUGCCUGAAGGACCACACGGGUUCCUCCGCUCUGGUCUACGCCAUCCAGUCCAGCGACGAGGAAACGCUGAAGCUGCUAAUGGAUGCUUGCAAGGCCAGAGGUAAAGAGGUCAUCAUCAUCGCAACGGACACUCUCGCUUCUGGAAAGCAGAUGGCCAAGCAGUACCUCAAAGUUCCUCCAUUGGCGACAUCCGAGAACCUCUGGAGCAAGACGAACUUCUCAUCAAUUCCUUGUGCGUCUCCUUCUGAGAUUCAUCUCAGCAGCUCGCCCCAAGGAACCGUCGCCGCUAGCUCUUCAGGCUCCUCAGAGCACAUGUUCUCCUUCCAGGACCUUCAAAACAUGACCGGAUCUCAGCCAACCUCCCCAUCUCACCAUCCACAGCUGCUCGACGGGAAAGCAAACAAGCUCCAUCACCUCCAGAGACUACACUCAGAACCCUGGCUAAAGAUACCCCAAUCCUUCCUCGCCCAACAGCAAGACAAAUGCCCCUUUCCUAUAGAAGACCUACCUGACAUAACUCCCGAAGAAGAGCUUUCGUUCAGGAUGAAUCGAUUGGCGUUCGGUUCUCCUCUUUCGCACCAUUGCAGCAUCGACCUCAAAGAAGCCAACGUCUCAAACCAGACCCUGCUUCAAGGAAGAACCGCAAGAGAUACCAGCUGUUUACGACCAGAGGAAGCACUCGGAAUAUCUCGCAACAUGUCCUUCGAUGGUCUUUCCUCACUGCACUCCCACUCGCAUCCGAACCUCCACUCCAAAAGCAGCACAGAGGUCUCGGCAGCAACGGACAAGGACCCAGAGAAGUCCCUUCCUAACUUGGCGGUUUCCAGUCUCUGUAACAUCAUCCAGCGCCGAAAGCUUGGGAUGGACCACUACAGCUCCGAUUCACAGCUUUCCCUGUCAGGACAUUCCCCAGAGGAGCGGAAGAGGCAACUCGAGAGGAGGCAACUGGUCAGCGCACGCUCCUCAACGCUGAUUGGCUCCCGAGAGUCCCUGGAGAACAAUUCGCUGGCGUAUUUACACAAGAAAUACCCAAUGAAUCUGGAGCGCAGGGGGUCGGGUGCUCUUCUCAUGGAUCACGCCUCCCACCCACGACCCGGGUUCCUACCGCCGCUGAACCAACAUGUGCCAAUUGCACCAAUUACCGAAUCCUGCGGUGCCCACGCCCACACUCUCUGCCCCAGCAACAAGCCGGCCUGCGGUCUAGUGCCAGGCAUGAUGCCCUACCUGCCCUCUGCACCCACCGGCUUACCAAAGGAUCUGAAGACCAGGAGAAUGCUCAUGAGACGCCACUCCAUGCAGACUGAGCAGAUCAAACAGCUAGGAGAUUUCAAUGACAUCCUCGGCCAUUGAUCACUUAAAUAUGGCUGACUAAUAUAAAUUAUUAUCAUUAACGUAGUCAUAAAGACGCAAGAAUAGAACCAUCAUCAUGAUCAAAAUUGGUCUUUGAUUCUUUGAUAGGGCUGGGAAUCACAGCUCAUCUCCUGAUAACCAAGAUAUCAUCACGAUAUGUUGCCCGUUAUAAUGAUUAUAAUGAUCUCAUGAUACUGUGAAUCUGUGAUUCUGCGAUCCUGGUCUUCAGGAUCACAAGACAUUUGUACGAUUCUUCAUUUUACUGAAGAGGAUAAAAUAUUACAAAAUUAUCAAAUACAAAAAAAAUAUGGAUUUUUUAAACCCAUAGCCGGGUUCAUCAUUCCUGCAGCCGGCAAAAUAUGAACUUUCAGUAAUCAUAAAGCAAACUUAUCUAUUUUGCUUAAGGGCCCCCCAAAUGCUUUGAAACGGCCCUGGAUGUCCCAAUACUUUUGUCCACUUUUGUGUGCUGUAUAUUAUUCUUAAAACUCACAUAAUUCACUUCAACUCAGUUUAAAUUGAACUCUAUUGUGUGUUUGUCUUUCUGUGAUUAAUCAAUCAAGUAUAUACACUCACUGAUAAGCACUUUAUUAUGUGUACAUCUACACAUCCAUGCAAUUACCUAAAUCAGCCAAUCACGCGGCAGCAGUAGGAUGUUUAAAACCAUGCUUGACUACGCUAACUCUACAGACAAUUCUGUAAACUCUACAGACA